GGAAACAGCAGUUGACUGCAGUGCAAAAUGAACAGCUCGAGCUCCUCCAUCUCAGACAAUGAUGAUGCAUUGUUGAAUGAAAUGUCAACCAUAGGGCGAUCAGUAGUCUGUGUGAUCCUGGGCCUGUCGUUCCUGGUGGGGGUCCCGGGGAACCUGCUGGUGAUCUGGACCAUCCUGAGGCACGUCCAGCAGCGCUCCCACACCGUGGUGCUCAUCCUCAACCUGGCUGCUGCAGACCUGCUGGUGCUCAUCACCCUGCCGCUGUGGAUCUACUCCCUGGCCCGCUCCUGGGUGUUCGGGAAGGCCUCCUGUAAGGCCAUGGUGUACGUCAUCAACACCUGCAUGUACAGCAGCGUCUACCUCAUCACCCUCAUGAGCGUUGAGCGCUUCCUUGUCAUCCGGUACCCGUUCAAGAUGUUGCGCUGGAAGACCAAGGCCAUUAUGGACAAGGCUCUGGUGGCUAUCUGGGCUCUGGCUUUCCUUUUAGGGAUCCCAUCCAUUCUGACCCGCUCUAUCGAUGAGAUCGAUGGGACUGAGCAGUGUCUUUUCACGGAGUACAGCUCAGUGGCCCAAGAGGUGGUGUUCUUAUGCCUGGAGACCUUGGUGGGCUUCGUGGUCCCCUUCUCCACCCUGGCUGUCUGUUACUGUCUAGUAGCAACACACCUGAAGACAAUGCAUUUCGGCAGCAGCAAACAGAAGUCGACAGUUCUCAUCAGUAGUGUGGCGGUAGCCUUCAUUCUCUGCUGGCUUCCUCACCAUGUCCUCAACACUGUAAGCCUAGUCAGCAUUCUGACAGAGGAUCCAGAUGAUGCUGUGCCUGUUUCAGUGGUCCAGAGUGCAGUAGUGUUUAUCUCUGGAGCGCUGGCCUUCAUUAGUAGCUCUGUGAACCCUGUGUUCUAUACCUUCGCUGCGAGGAACUUCCAGGGCAGUCUCCAGGAGUCCCGCAUGGUCAGGCUGUUCCAGGAAGUCGCCUCACACACCUCCUCCAAGCUAAGGGGAUCUGGCAACACAAUAGGAUCGGACAACACAACAGGAUCGGACAACACAAUGCCCUCAGUAAUGCCAGACUGCAACAAUACCACAGAUAAAACUACUGUGUAGGACUACAGAAAUGGUCGCUCUGGAUAAGAGCAUUCUGGAUAAAUUUUUCUCUCAGACCCAUGACAAAAUGUGUAGAAUUGCAGGAAACUAGUUUUAAAACAUUCUCUCUGCCCCAUGGCAAAAUGUGUAGGAUAAGAGCGCCUGCUAAAUUACUAAAAUGACAAAUGAAAACUGUGACCUGAUCAUUGAUUCAGAUGUCAGCAUUGAUGAUAAUAAAUAUGGCUAGAAUCUAGAAGUUUGAUUACAAGUUUGAUUUUUAUGAUCAUGGUACGAAAUCUAGAGAUUGUUGUAGUGCUUAUGAAAUACAGUGAGAAAAGCCCACAAAAGUAAUUAAAUUGUGACUAUUUCAACACAAUAAAGCUAUUGCAUUUGCUCAUAAAGUGGUAUAACUUAAAUAACAUUUAUUCGUGGUCCUGUUACAAUUCCUUGAAUAUUAUUGUCUUGAAAUUCCUGUUUCCCAAAAUAACACACUGGCUUACUC